AUGAGCAGAUUUCCAUUGAUCUCUAGUUCAAAUUUUACAUCAGAUUUAAGAAAUGUUUCUGUGGUUCUUAAUGAUUUACUAAAAUCUUAUGAUCCUUUUCAUCGACCAACCUAUGGCGGUAAACCUGAUAAAGUCAUUGUUGAUAUAUAUAUUCGUAGUAUGGGCGCUGUUAGUGAACUCGACAUGGAAUAUUCAUUUGAUUGCUUUUUUCGGCAACGAUGGACUGAUACUCGGCUUGUUUUUAAUACAACGGAAGUCAUGAAUUAUAAAUCAUUACCAGUUAGUAUUAAAAUGUUUGCAAAAAUUUGGAAGCCUGAUACAUAUUUUUAUAAUGGUCGACGUUCUUAUCUUCAUUCAGUACCUAAUAUCAAUCGAUUUUUUCGUAUUGCAACUAACGGUGCUAUACUUUAUUCGCAACGUUUAACUAUUCGAGCUUCGUGUGCAAUGAAUCUUCGAAAUUUACCACUUGACACACAACAUUGUACUUUAUUAAUUGGUAGUUAUGCUUACGAUAAUGAAGAAACAAUAUAUGAAUGGAAUACGAAAAGUCCUGUUGAUAUACAAAGUGAUUUAAUUAUGAAUCAAUUUUCAUUAGUUAAUGCAAGUGUCGGUACGCAACAUCUUAUUAGAGAUAAUCGAACUCGAUCCAUAGUAUACGUUGUAUUUUCUCUUCGUCGUCAUGUGGGUUAUUUUUUAAUUCAAUUAUAUAUUCCAUGUAUACUCGUCGUAUUUUUAUCAUGGGUGGGUCUUUGGUUAAAUCGUGAAGCAACAAAUGAUCGAAUUAAUUUAGGUGUAACAACAGUUCUAACACUUAUAUUUGUUAUAAUGGAAGGGAAAAAAGAUCUACCGAAAGUUUCCUAUCUUACAGCACUUGAUUGUUUUAUAGCUGUUUGUUUUAUUUUUGUUUUCUCAACAUUAUUCGAAUUUGCACUUGUUCAUUAUUAUACAAAAGCACGAACAGGUGAUCUUAAUGAAAAUAUGCGCGAAUUAGAAGAUUAUAUUAUUCGAAAUGAUGAUCCUAAUUCAAACGACCAUCAUGUAACUAAUAAUGAUAUUCAUUUAGUUUAUCGAUCAUCAGUAAGAAGAAAACUAUCAGCAAAAAAGUUAACAUCAAGAAAAAGUUUUAGCAAAUAUUGGCAAAGCAUUUAUUGUAAACCAGCUUAUUCAGCGUUUCAAGGACAAGCUUUAAAAAAUAUUUUUUAUUCGAAUAGUAUUAGUCAAAUUGAUAUUAUCGCAAGAAUUUUUUAUCCGCUAACUUUUUUAAUAUUUAAUCUAAUUUAUUGGACUUAUUAUUUAUAUGCGAGUCAACAACAAUCAAAAGAGAAAUGA